CUCAAUUAUGGAAAAUGAGCCCAAGCCAAUCUUCUGCAUAUUGCCCUGGGUUUCGUUCAUCUGUUUAGCUGCAGCUUUAAACAGUUUAGGUCCGCCUCGUUUGGUCCCAGAAGCCUAUGAAAUGGAACGGGUGGUUCCAGAGGGGGCCAAAGUCCAACUUCCCUGUCCAGUGCAGGCCGAUCCGGACACACUGUUUUUCGAAUGGUAUCAUGGCAAGGAGCCAUUAAACAUCUUUCAUGAAGAUCGGUUCCGCGUCCAAAGUAAUGGCGUCCUCAAGAUCAAGGCUGCCGUCCCAGAGGAUUCUGGACUCUACAUUUGCAGAGCAGUAAACGGAUUUGGGAAAUUAGAUACGAACGUGACCCUCGUAGUACUCGCCGAUUCUGGUAAUAAUAACAGACAGAUAAACUUGGAGACUUUCAGGGACCAUAUGGCUGAAGGGAAUGAGGAUGACAGAGUGGCUCCUUUCCUGACAAACGUGACUCGAACUAACAACGGAAGAUUGCGUCGACCAUUGGGUGGAACGCUGAGACUCUACUGCAAAGCCAGUGGUAAUCCAGAACCUCAAGUCACUUGGUUGAGGAACGGCUUAACUCUUCUCAACAUAACAUUACCCCCUGGGUGGAAAAGAAGCCGCUGGAGCUUAUAUUUACGCAACCUGCAAGAUCAUGAUGAGGGCAAUUAUACAUGUAUUGCCUAUAAUUUGUAUGGACAUGCUAAUUACACAGUUGGCGUCGAUGUUAUUCCAGGCAUUCGCAAAAAACCAGAGCUACGCGGUAUCCAUCCAAUCAAUACAACCGUCGAAGAAGGGGGUUCCGCAGUCUUUCAGUGCAGAGUAAAAAGUGAAAUUAUUCCUCAUGUUCAGUGGUUAAAACAGGCAGAGCCAGAUGAAAUAAAUGAUCACAAAGUUAUAAAAGUACACGGAGAAUAUUUUAAGAUACUGAAAUCUUCUGAAGUACUCGAAAGGGCCGACGGGUCAUUCGUCAAUAAACUUGUCAUAGCUGGAGUCUCAAAGAAGGACGCUGGGAAAUACAUCUGUUUAGGAGCCAAUUCCAUGGGCUACAGUUUUCGUAGUGCCUUCCUGACUAUUCGAGAAACAUCCGAAACCUACAUUGCAGAAAUGGAAGGCAUCGAAAGCGAUGAUCUUUCUGUUCAAUUCAAUACCCUUUUGAUAACUAUACCCGUGUCCCUGGGAAUCCUCAUCACAUUUUUGGCUUUCCUGGGAUUGCACUACUACUGCUACUACUACAAACCUCGAAACGGCAAUCCAGGUUUGCAUGGCAAUUCUAGCAGAAAAACGGAAACAGCUCCCCAACCGGCCUGUCCUACAGUUAAUGAAGUGUCAAUCAUGGGCAGCCCGGAUUUUCACCGUGUACUGGAGUCGUCCGAUGGUACAUGGUCUCACGUCCAAAGCUCGUUAGUCAUUGAUCCUGCACAACCUGACUCUUUUUCGGAAUGCGACUCAUCUUUUGUAUUUCUAGGUGACUUAAACGUGUAUCCGGAUAUCAUUUAUAAAGACAGAGGACAAAUUCUUGGUCUUUAUUCACCCAACAUUCCCAUUCCAGAAAAAAUGUCUUGUUUGGAUAGAGUGUGAAAUCGGAUUUCUGCAGCGCAGACACAGCACCUGAAAAUAACUGAGCACGAUUCCGUAUUUCUGAGAAUUCAUGUUUGUAAAAUCGUACGCAUCUCGUCGGUGGUCUUACGCCAUUACUCCAUUUGUGUCCUACCAGUUGACGGUAUAUUUUAAUCCUACGUGGACUUUAGUUGGUUAAGCUGACUUUUAGGAUUGCUGAAGGCGCACAUAAAAAGACUUCUAUUGUUAUAAAAAAUAUAUGUUAAUUCACUUUGACAGAAUUACCGAUAAAACUCAGUCAGAGGUAAAUAUAAAACACUAAAUGUUAGACUUUUAAACAGGCACAAUUCAUCAUUACACUGAAGUUGGUUUUAUGGGAAAGUUUCAGCAUUAAAAGAAGUUAGUUUUAUAGGAAAGCUUGUAAAAGAAACAUGUUACCUUAUUACCGGCUUAAGAAAAACUACUGUAUAAAAAAAAACUCAACAUUUUAUAUUUCACUAUAAAACCAGCUUCAGACUAGGAUUGAAUUUUGCCUGAUUUAAAUAUGUUAGCCAUGUGAAAAGAAAAUGCCAUAGUUUUAUACCAGUAAUUUCUACGAUGACAUAGUCUACUGUACUGUAAUUUAAAAAUUUACCAAAGUUUAAAUAAAAGCUUUCAUAUGUAACCCCAAAAACAUCAACUAUUCAGUAAAAAAUAAGGAGUAAUUUUAUAAAUAUAAUAAGUCAAAUCUUUUUAUAAACAGUAUAUAGAGACAUGCAAGUAUUUUUCUAAUACUCUUCUAAAUCAGCGUGAGAAGAGCAUUGUUUUUACUCUUCAAAGAGAAAUCGCAAGAUUUCAUUUGCCAGCAGCUUGCUAAUUAUUUUAAAAUCUCCAUCUAAAGAGCUUUGUAUAUCAGCAUUAGAUUGCUUACAAGCCAAAUACAGCUACAGCGAACAUAAUUUUACAAAAAAAAAAAAAAAAAAAAGUAUCCAAACCGAACGUGUUCCUUUUAUAGGGCGCAAAAAAAAAAUACCUCUCCACAAUCAAAUGCUUAAAUCAAACAGAUUAAUUGGUAUCUGAAGUUUGAGAAUUCCAGUGUUUCGAGUGUGUAUUUAAACUUAAGAGGAUUACAUUUUAGCUCUAAAUUUUAGUAGGAGCUUCUCUAACAAUGUAUUUUGUUCAAAUUAUAACUUGUUUCUAUUUAUGAAACGUUUAAUUUAAUCUGUUUGUUUUUAUCCAGUUCGAAAUAAAAAUGUAACUGCAAGUAUUUUAACUGUACGAAGAAUGUUAAUGUCUCCAUAUGCCAAAUGAAAUGUGUUUUAAAAUAAAAUGAUGUUUUUUAUGGUU